UCUCGCCGUCAAAUUACGCGUCAACACCGCCAACAUGAGGUUAACAACGGACCUAAUCAACAACUCCCUCUCCUUCAUCAACUGUCUCACGGAGCGUGAACUCGAUCUGCGAGGCCACAAAAUUUCCGCUAUUGAGAACAUGGGCGCAGCACGAGACAACGACGCAAUCGACCUCACCGACAACGAUAUCGCGCAACUCGGCAACUUCCCUCUCCAACCCCGCCUCCGUACACUCUUCCUCGCGCAAAACCGCAUCUCGAACAUCCAGCCGAACAUCUCGACGAGCAUACCGAACCUGCAGACACUAGUCCUCACGAAGAAUAGGCUCACAGAGCUCGCCGACCUCGACCCGCUCGCUGGUUUCAAAAAGCUCGUGUUCUUGUCGGCGAUUGGGAACCCGGUAACAUCCAAGGAGAAUUACCGAUACUGGGUGAUCUGGCGAUGCCCCACCGUGCGCUAUCUGGACUUUGUUAAGGUCAAAGACGUCGAGCGCAAGAAGGCAGAAGAGCUGUUCGGCACAUCAGGAGAGCCGACCGAACUGGCUAGCAAGAUCAUGGGGAUCAAGUCGAAGGGUUUCGUUGUGCCAGCCACGAAUGACGUUGAUUCCUCAUACAAAAAGGACCGCAUCUACACCGACGACGAGAAGAGGAGGAUGCGCGCAGCGAUUCAGGCGGCGAGCAGCUUGGCAGAGAUGGCGAGGUUGGAGAAGGACUUUGCCGAAGGCAGGAUACCAGCGCACAUUCUGGAAGGUGGAGAGCCUAUGGAGACAUGAGCAGUGGCUGCCUCGGCGCAAGACGAGACAUUUGUAUCACAAAGGUGAUAAAACUACAAAAGCCGCAGCUGUGAAUCUGACUGCUACCACAACCAAGAGGAGGAAUAGAAUUGGGGACGAAAGAGACAUCUGUCAGCCGGCAACACGGCAGAAGCUGCUCCGCCAUGUAGCUGCGCAAGCUAUAGACCAUGGUCAGGAUGAUCUAAGUACUGG